CUUUCUUGUACAAGGUGCAUCCACCGCAUCCACCAACCAUAUCCCAAAUUCCUCCCAUCUGCCAGAAGCUGUAUACUUCGCUUGCGAUCCUGCAAAUUACAAAAAACGCUAUCAAGCCUCACAAUAAUGCCAAGACAUACGCCCCGAUCUAGUCCAGGGUCGAGUACAACCCAGCGGGAUGAAGCGAAGGAACGGUCCACGAUGCUUCGCCAAAUUCCUGCAUACCAUGUAUGUGACAAACCAGCCUGGAUUUACAAACUAAUCAUGAAGGCUCUAUAUCCCACUGCUGGAAUAUGUAUAAAGCCUCAGGCAGUCUUCCCGCUGCAGCUUUCAACAUCCUUCUCCAAAGCUCAUCAACCGCACGUAUCGUUCAAGCAUGAAGUCGUCUUACAUCCAACUGCUCCUCGGAGCCUUCUCUACUUGCCUUGCAUCGCCCCAUCCAAAGAUCGGAGGGGAGACCAGCGCCGUAGCAUCGAAGGCUGCGCCAAAAUGGAUCAAAAUUGAUGAUACCGCGAGGAUCAACAACGUCAUCACUGUAACAUCAUCUUCGGGUGUUUCAGCCGCCAACGAUGGUCUUUACAUCGUGCGCCCAAGCGGUCAGAUCCAGCGUUACAUCAACAACGCUUGGACAACCGUCGACAAUUACGUGCAGACCUACCAGAUCGCCGGCGCUAACGGUAACCUUUGGCAGAGGCACCUCGAUGGUGGUACUUUCCGUUGGCUAGGUCAACCUGGAGAGUGGGAGUCGACGAGUGGUACGGACACGAGUGUCUACAACAUUGUUGCCGCGGGUGAUCAGCUCUUCGCACAACGAAAAGACGGCUCCGUCGCACGCUUGUUCGACGGCGCUUGGGUUACCAUCGACCAGCCACCCAUCACAGAUGGUUCCAGCUCAACUCAAAUCCUCUUCGACGAUGAUCUAACAAUGUGGAGUCGUCUCUACAACGGUACCAUCGUACGCACACCGUCGCCCUACAACGUCGGUCAAUGGAAAAUUGUCGAUAACACCUACUGUGCCAAGUUAGCCGUUGGAGGUAACAACGUUUACAGGUGGGAUAGUAGCGCAAACUCGGUUUUCAAGAUGAACACCACAGGAGGGUGGACUCUGAUCGGCAGCGACAGAGUACUCAACAAUAUCUAUGCGGUCGGAGACUAUCUGUACGUUGAGCUUCUGGACGGAAGUUACUCGCGGUACUCAGGAACACCAAUGGUUUGGGAGACGAUCGACCAGAGGGCUUCCAGAGGCGAGGUGGCUGGCGAUCGCCAGGGUGGCCUUUGGCGCUUGAUGGGUGGUGGUCAGAUUUGGGAGAUGGUGGUCUGAAGGCGAUGAGGCGCUUUCGUAACUACCUAGGUGGCUCGGGAUGUUAUUACUGUUUUUAGAGAAUACGUAUGCAUUCUUACUGGUAUCUCCAAAGCGUAAACCCCGUAUAGCAGCAGAUAUCAUCGCGGGGAUGUACAAAAUGAGAAAAUCAAG